CAGAGAGGUGGGGCGUGACUUCAUUUCCUCCCGGGCUUUCGGGGCGGCGGGGCUCGCUUCCCCAGUGGCCUCUCUGGGAAGACAUUUCCAGGGUCCGGACUUCGUAAAGAAGGUGUUGCCCUGGAGCAGGCGUUGGCCCCCCGCGGACGAUGCCCCUCCUAACCCAGCACCUCCCAGGCGACGACGAACAGUACAGCUUGGUGGCCAGCCUGGACAACGUGAGGAAUCUCUCCACGGUUUUGAAAGCGAUUCAUUUCCAAGAUCACGCCACGUGUUUUGCUACUGUAAAUGGAAUCAAGGUUACAGUAGAAAAGGCGAAGUGUGUGCAAGCGAAUGCUUUUAUUCAGGCUGAAAUAUUUCAAGAAUUUAAAGUUCAGGAAGAAUCGGUUACAUUUCGAAUUAACUUGGGUGUCCUUUUAGACUGCCUCUCUAUUUUUGGAUCCAGCCCUAUGCCAGGCACUUUCACUGCCCUCCGGAUGUGCUACCAGGGCUACGGGCACCCUUUAAUGCUGUUUUUGGAAGAAGGCGGCGUGGUGACCGUCUGCAAAAUCAAUACUCAGGAGCCCGAGGACACGCUGGAUUUUGAUUUCUGCAGCACCAACGUCAUUAACAAGGUCAUCCUGCAGUCAGAGGGGCUCCGCGAAGCGUUUUCUGAAUUGGAUAUGACGAGUGACGUCUUACAGAUCACCAUGUCCCCAGAGAAGCCUUACUUCAGGUUAUCCACUUACGGAAAUGCGGGAAGUGCCCACCUUGACUAUCCCAAAGAUUCCGAUUUGAUGGAAGCAUUUCAUUGUAAUGAGACACAGGUCAACAGAUACAAGAUUUCUUUACUGAAACCAUCAACAAAGGCCCUAGUCCUUUCUUGUAAAGUGUCUAUUCGGACAGAUAACCGAGGAUUCCUCUCGCUACAGUACAUGAUUAGAAAUGAAGAUGGACAGAUAAGCUUUGUGGAAUAUUACUGCUGCCCUGAUGAGGAAGAAGUCUCGAAAUCGGAGCCUUAAGUGUCACAGAGUGAUGUUGUCCUGUGUGUGCUCUCGUUCUGGGUACAGUCAGCGGUGUGCGCUUCCUUAAUGAAUGCACUGUAACGUGUAAUGAAAUGUUGUCUGCUAGGCAUGGUGGAUUGUCCAGUAUUGAACUGUCCUGAGGUCCCUGGCCUUCAGCUCCUGGGAAUCAUGAGCCAAGAUGAAUACAGUUUGUGUUCUGCUCUACUUAGUAGGACAUUUCAAGAGUCUGCAGAUUUAAAGUGUAAUAGGGGCUUAGGUGCAUCUCUGAAGUGUUCUUUAUUAACUCUGAGAAAAAACAUGGGCAGUGUGUCCUAGCUUGAGUUCUGGAGAGUGGAUCUGAAAGCAGUGAUUCUCAGAGGUUGGUGCCCAGACUAACAGCAGCAUCUUAGAACAUGGGGCUGGGGGAGAAGCCAGCAGUCUGUAUCCCCCAGGGAAUUCAGAUGCGCACAGGAGUUUAGGAACAACUAUUUUAAAGGUUUACUGCUGCUAUUUUUUUUAAUUGCUUGCAUUGAAGAGAUUGUGCACAUGUGAUUCUGAUUUCUUCAUAGCCAUAAUUCAGAACCUUCAGAAAUUCAUUCACUACCAAGCAAGUCUGAGCAGUUCUUUAUGUGAUUUCUCUUUAAAACACACCUUUUGCAGAAAUCAGUGAACAGGAUCUAAAACUCUUGAGUGUUAACAGAGUUUCCCCCCAAAUUGUCCAAUGUCGUAUUUACUAGACCCCUUCCGUGUACUUCUUAUCCAAACCAAAGUGGAGAAACCCGCAAAACUUAAUAUUUUGUACUUUGCUGGGUUUCCAGAGAAUGUAGGUCUUUUGAGGAGGCCUGGGUAGGACAGUGAUUAAGCACUUGCCUCAUACCUAUAGGAUCUGCAGUUUGAAUCCACCAGCCACUCCAUGGGAGAAAGAUGUGACAGUCUGUAUCAGAAGUGGUUGAUGGCAAUAGGUUGGUUUGGUUUGGGAUAUUUUGUGUUCAAUAAAAUAUUUAAUAGUUUUCUCAUUAA